CCGGCGGAACGGAGCAACACCGAGGACCGAGCAUCCUUUUCCUGCGUUUAUAAGUGCUCUAUAACACCAGAAAGGAAACUCCAGGAUGGGUCGCAGAAAGUCAAAGAGAAAGCCCCCUCCCAAGAAAAAGAUGACUGGAAAUCUGGACACCCAGUUUACCUGUCCCUUCUGCAAUCACGAGAAGUCCUGUGAUGUGAAAAUGGAGAGAACUCGAAACACAGGAAUUAUAUCAUGUAGCGUAUGUUUGGAGGAGUUUCAGACCCCUAUAACAUAUCUGUCAGAACCAGUGGAUGUCUACAGUGACUGGAUCGAUGCCUGUGAAGCAGCCAAUCAAUAGUGACGCUUUCCUUCAACUUCAUUGUUGGAGUUUUGCCCGACUGCUGAUCCAGUCUUGAGAAUCCACAACAUGUAUUGGUCACAAUGUAGCAAACCAACAGACCUGCAACUACAUUGGUUUUAUUUGAUGGAUCAGAGCACUGCCUCAGUUCACAUUUGUGUAUUUCACACCAUGAUCAGGCUAAAUCUUGUCUCACCUGUUCCUGACUUGUCUCUGCGACCUGUACAGACCAAACUAAACUCAGGUCCAGGGAAUCAGCUGUAUUUCCUACUUUGUCUGUGAUUGGGCACAUGGAUAUUUACGCAGGAAGUACAAGUUUCCAUGACGAUUUACCUCAUUAGAAAGUGAGACUUCGUAACCAUGUGCAUUUUACAUUCACAGGUAUUUAUAACAUUUUAGGUAUGAACACACAAAUAUAGGUCUUUUUUUUAAUCUUCUUCGAAAUGACAAUUAUGCAUUUGUAUUUGAUAAUCACUGAUGUACUCACAUUCCUUGCCAAUGCAUUUUUUAGACCUUUGUCUUGUCCAA